CACACUCACACACAGUCACUCACACACACACACACAGUAUAUUUCUUCUUCACUGAUGUCUGCUCUUGGCCACAGCGCCGGUGUGAGGUGUGUUUGUCUCUCGUCUGACCUUCAGGCUGUAAUGAACUUCCUUCACUCCUGCGCCGGCUGGUGUGUCGCCACAUUCGUUCUGGGCAUCUGCGACCGUCACAACGACAACAUCAUGAUCAAACACAGCGGCCACAUGUUCCACAUCGAUUUCGGGAAGAUCAUGGGCAAUGCGCAGAAGUUCGGUAGCAUCAAGAGGGACCGGACGCCCUUCAUCUUCACGCCGGAGAUGCAGCGCUUCAUCACGGGCGGCGGCGAGAAUCCACAGCGCUUCCACCGCUUCGUUGAGCUGAGCUGUGACGCGUACAACAGUCUGCGCAGAUGCUCUGCUCUGGUGCUCGGUUUGCUGCAGCUGAUGCUGGCGGCCGGUAUGCCUGAGCUGAAGGACGUCCGGGACCUACAAUAUGUUCACAACAAACUGAGGCCUCAUGACUCGGAGCUGGAAGCCACUUCAUAUUUUACCAAAAAAAUUAAAGAGAGCAUGGAGAGCUUCCCAGUCAAAUUAAACUUCCUCAUCCACAAUAUGGUGCAGUUUUCCUCCGUCAAACGUUCAGAAGCGCCGGCUAAGAGCCAGAUCUCCUCCAACACCAACAUUCAGGAGGCCGUGAUCCAGAAAUAUACAGUGAACGGCAAAGAUGUGACGUACGAGCUGAAGGUGACCAUUGAGGACGGAUUCCUCGUCGUUCAGAAGAGCUUUGCUCAGUUUGAGAUGCUCCACAAGCUCCUGCAGAAGCACUUCAUCGAGUCCACGCUGCCAAAGUAAGA